CAGAAUAUAAUACAAACCAGGUAAAACGAGACCAACCAGAAACAUCACAACUGCGUUUAUACUGUACGCUUAUUCUCAAAUAUUGAAACGUGAAUACCGAAAUGUGUAGCCUAGGCUACGUUCGACUAUUCUAUCUCCGGUGGUGCGUAAUUUACGCAGCUUUUUAAUAAUGGCGUCUGUACGAGAGAUGCGACCAGGUCUUCAAAAAUGAAGCGAAGAAGAAGUCUAUUCUAGAAAUUUCGAUAUUUAUACAGGGUUUCAGUAAGUGGGCUGUGAACGUCUUCCAGUGAUUUUGUUCACUUUUUUCUUUUUUGAGACCCCGAAAUGAUGAAGAUCAAAUCGAAUCAAACGCGGACAUAUGACGGGGAUGGCUACAAGAAGCGCGCCGCCUGUCUGUGCUUCAGAAACGAGAGUGAGGAGGAGGUGUUGUUGGUGAGUAGUAUCCGGCAUCCAGGCAAGUGGAUCGUCCCUGGUGGAGGGAUGGAGCCGGAGGAAGAGCCCAACGUUGCUGCUGUUCGAGAGGUGUGUGAAGAGGCUGGUGUCAAGGGGACAUUGGGGCGUCUACUAGGAAUUUUCGAGAACACAGACAGGAAGCACAGAACAUAUGUCUAUGUCCUCAUCGUUACAGAGAUGUUGGAAGACUGGGAGGACUCUGUGAAUAUUGGGAGAAAAAGGGAAUGGUUUAAUAUAGAGGAUGCCAGAAGAGUGUUGCAGUGCCACAAGCCUGUGCAGGCCUCGUACUUUGAGGCCCUACAACAGGGCAGCCUGAGCAGCAACGGGACACCCCUGGUGACCACGAUAGGGGGAGAAGAGCACUCCCCUACCUACAAUAUCAACCAGAGCUCCAGAUCGAGUAUAAGAUAACUAAAACACAAACUCCUGGAGACUUCUCCAUCUUUUACCUGCUUCUUUUUCUUACUUAAUCCUGCUCCUACUACUUUUUUCUUUUUUUAUAUCUUCAAAAUAUCAACAGAAAUGUUUGCCUUGCCAGCCUUCUUGUGCCAGAGUGGAGGUACAGACUUGACAAGUGUUGGGCGAAGAAGAUAUAACACUUUGUAAUUCAAAUGUUUUUUGUUGUUGUUGCUUUUUACUAGUGAUUGCAUGAGAUAUUCCCAAACUCUUGUCCUCCUUUACCUCGGUUCCUCUCUCAUAAAUCUGAGGUUUGACGAAUGAAACUUUCUGCUUUGGCGACGUAAAGUAUUGGUAUAGAAUGUGUUUACAGAAGAAAACAGGCUUUCCAGGGUCUUGUUUUGCAAACACUACUUGAAGUUGCCACACCCCUUUUUAUAUGGCAUUCAUAAGAAUGACAACCUCUCACCAUAUACCGUGACAGAUCAUUAGUGUAAUACCUACUCCCAACGGUGUUAAGAGUUAUAAAGUAUGAGUCUAUUUCUGUGUGACAUUUUCUAUUGUUGCUUUUUUUCAUAUAUUUCCUAAUCCCCUAAGAAUGAAUGGCUUUAGGUUAGAUAGGCUUGUGGGAAAGUUUCUUGUUUUGCAUGUGUGGUAAAGCUACAUGGGUGUGUCUUGUGUGACGCAAAUUGUAGGAAUGGAAUUAUCUGGUACAAACAGUCUCCCUUUGUAUUACAUUGUGAAGGUAGCACAAGCUUUGGUGUUUUGAAAGAAAAGCUUUGAUAAGGGUCUGACAAAAAAAAACUUCUCCCACAGUAGCUUGGGCCUUUAACCACACUGGGGGACAUCUAACCAGAACAUUGAAAUCUAAGUCAUCUGCUGUCUCACAUCUUGUCAGACUAUGAAGAUGAUUUAUUGAUUGGUUUUAUAAUUCAAUGACCAGAAAGACAGAGAAUUGUGCAUGUUCUCUGAUCCUCAGGGGAAAGGAACAAGAACCCAGACUAGUCUUUUGAAUCUGGUUGUGUAUCAGGAGGUGGGGAGUAAUGUCGUUAGGUGUUUGUGCUUGAAUAGUAAGGCUAAUUUAAAAUGGCACUAGGAAGAUUAUGCCACUGCUGCAUAACAUGUGGACCCCACUCUAGACCCCACUCAUUGUUAUGGUUUCCACUUUAUUUGAUAAUCUUAUAUCAAUUUACUUUGUUAAUAUUCAUAUUUAUUUUCUUAUGUUAUGGUGAUUGAUUGCAGAUGACGGACAUUUAUCAGUCUGUACUAAUAGCCUUUCUGUGUGUGUAUUGUGUAAGUUGAGGGCUGAUUGGUGUGUAUUUGCGUGUGUGUGACUAUGGAUGCAUUUAGACAGGCAGCACAAUUCAGAUUUUUUUUUUCUCUCACUAAUUGGUCUUUUGACCAAUCACAGAUCUUUUUCAGAGUUGAUCUGAUUGGUCAAAAGACCAAUUUGUGGAAAAAGAUCAGAAUUGGGCUGUCAGUCAAAAUGCAGCCAGUGUGUGGUGCAGGAAAAGAGGUUGCACAACCUGAGAUGCAAUGCCAAGGUAAAUCACCUGCAUGUUGGUGAGUACAUUUACACUCAUGAUUUCAUCAAUUCUAAAUUGUAUUCCUAACAAAUGUUUACACUGUGAUGUAGUUCUGCAUUUUCCCUUAAAUUAACACUGGACUUGUUUUUUGUCAGUGAGAUUUGUUUUUUGUUUCUUGAAAAAUACUUUUAACAGGUCUUAAUAUAUUGUCUACUUUUGGUAUGUUCAUUGGUUGUUCAAAUUAAUCAUUUAAAUAUUUUAAAUGCCGUAUUUCUGACGAAUGGAUGGAUGCCGAGUCUCAGAACCAUAGUUAUUCUGGCCCUGUCAGGACUUGGGAACAAAUAACUGGGAUUGGUAGAUAUGUUAAUGAGCUAUAGUCUGUCAAUGCAGAGAGCAAACUCUCCUACUGACCCUGGAGUUUGGUACUGUCGUUUGCUCGUCUCCCUGGCCCACAAAUGAAUGUGUAGAUUCUUCUUCGCUCACACUUGUCAUCUUGUAGUUGCUAGCUGGUUUUGAUGAAGUACCUACUCCUGAGACCUCUGUGCUAAACAGCUCAAAACCCUGAUGGGCUAGGUAUGUGAUCAUUUCAAUUACGUUUCAGGCCCACCAAGUUACCCUGCCAAGAACAAACAAUGUAAGGUGUCAUGUUGUCCAUGGUGUGAAAAACCGUCUGGCUCUGGCAGAACAGCUUGUGCCACUGAGCAUUUAGGCAAGUAUUUGGAUAUUCUUGCUGAGCUGCAUUGGUCCAAAUUUACACAUUGACCCAACAGAUCUGGUACAAAGAGCUGUUCAGUUUUCAGCCUCCUUUUGUUCAUCUUUGAACGGUCUCUUGCCAAUGUUUAAGUUUUAUACAGCCUCUUAACCUUUAUGGCCCUAGCCCUGUGGUAUCUUGAAUCCUCAGUUGGCUAGUUUUGCCUAGCUGCAUUGCAUUUCCUUCAGUUGGUUAUGCAACAUUUAUGUAUUAGUAACUGCCUAUCAUGUGGAGUUUUGGUCCCUUUCAACAUUGACCCUGAACAUAAGAAUGUGACGUUUGCAUGUGAACUGCAUUUUAAUUUCUUUUGACAACUUGCCUAUGGCACAUGUAAAAAUAGAAAGGGUUAGGCCUACUCAUGGUAUAAUAUAAUCAUAAUAUCGCACCAGGACGUAAUGACAUACAUGGCUUUAUUUCCCCACUAUAGGGCCAGUAGGAAUUUCAUUAUUUUCCUCAGUAUGCCAAUGUCUUGAAGCCUGUCAUGAGGUUGUGCCAUGUACUGGCUAUGGGUCAUCUAACCAGGUGAUGGUAGUUAUCGCAGUGUUUCCCCCAUUCUUGACUACUUCAGUUUACUGGUAAGGUUAAGGGUCUUAACAGGAUAAAUCAAAUGAGAUGAUAUUUCUUGAAGACUGGUGUUCAGAAAUUGUUAGUCUUACGUGCAAUGGUCCAGACAGGCAUUUGUUCAUUGUUCAAUUGGCCUUGCAAUUAUAUGGCUAAACAUCUCCAUGUUGUCAACUCAGAUUUCUUCAAUGGGUACAAAGUGUAAGCCUGAAUGUAAAAUGAAUUGUGCCAAUUAAUAAAAACACCAGUAUUUCA